CGAAGAGAAGGAGAAGCCCUAGAACGUUCUUCCGUUGAGAUCGAUGUGAUGUGGCAAACGGGCUUCCGUAAACUACGAGGAGGAAUUACUCUCCUGUUUGCAUUACCGCUUUCUAGGGUUUUAGCGAUCGAUGGAGGCGCGAGGGGAGGCCGCGGCGGAUGACGCGAGCCUGGCGGAGAUUCUAGCCCAUCCAGACAUCUCCGCGCAGCUCCAUCGCCCGGAGGAAUUCUCCAAGUCGCAGCACGGUGGCUCGCACAAGUUCCUGGUGAGCAUCAGCGUUGUUGAUAGCGCCGGGCCAUUGCGAUUCGUGGUGGAUUCGAGCGAUACUGUGGAGAGCGUUAUCCGCCAUGCGCUGCAGGAGUACGAGCACGAAGGCCGCAUCCCGCCGCUGGGAACUGAUCCCAGGCCAUUCGAGCUCUAUUCUGCUCACGACAUCUCGGAAGAUGCUUUGCUUGUACAGCUCUAGAGGAUAAGCUCCGGAUUGGCGAUGCUGCUGGAGUGCGAGACUUUAUCCUUCACAGACGUCCCGAUGGCGAUCGAAUUGCAGCGCAAAAGGAUGAUCACCCAACUUCUUGGAGAUCGAGACUAAUUGCAGCGGUGGCUGCUCACUUUGGCAGCAACAGCAGUGGUGGUGACUCGCAUCGCCCGUGAAUUUGCGACCAAGGCAAGUUUCCAUUUUUUUUUUCUCCUUUUCGUUGCUCUGGAGAUCGAAAGUAACGCUCGGUAGUUUCUCUUCACCUCGCCCGCUGCUGCGAGUCCCUUGCCAUUUUUACAGGCGUUUCCAGCGAGGACGGAUCGAGCGAGCGAUCCACGAUCAAAUGAACGAUUCCCCAAAAUGCGAUCAUCGAUAGAGGCUGUGUGGCUCUGACACAAUCACACACACCCACACACACGAACAGAGAGCAGGCGAUACGAGCCAUUGGUUUCACUUGUCAUAAUAAUACUUUGCUCUUUAAUUUGUUGCUCGUC